CAGCAGGUUCUGACUGGAGCAAGACUGUCCAGCAUGUCCAACUGCCUGCCAAAACUGACCACAGUGCUGCUCAGCCACAGGCUCGGGGCUCUGUCUAUCCUCACCGCUUCUUUUGUGUUCUUUGCCUCUGUCAUGUUCUACUGGAGAACUGGAGAGGAUGCUGAGACCCAGCUCUACACCUUGCUUACACAAAGCAGUUGUGAACUGUCUUUGCCUUCUCUUCCCCAUCCUACUGCCUCUGGGCCCCCUUCUUCCCCAGAGAAGAAUGUGUUUUUUGUGGAGACCUCGGAGCGAACUGACCCAAGUUACCUGUUCAUGUGCUCUGUGGAGUCAGCAGCCCGCACGCACCCUGGGACAAGGGUCGUGGUGCUCAUGAAAGGCUUGGCAAAAGGGAACUCCUCCUUACCCAACCACUGGGGCUUCUCGUUGCUGAGCUGCUUCCCCAAUGUGGAAAUCCGGCCCCUGGACUUGCCAGAGCUUUUCUCUGGAACACCUCUGGCAAAGUGGUACUUGCAGGCUCAGCAGCGCUGGGAGCCUUAUUUCUUACCCGUCCUGUCUGAUGCCUGCAGAAUUGCCAUCAUGUGGAAAUUUGGUGGCAUCUACCUGGACACAGACUUCAUUGUGCUUAAGAACUUAAAGAACCUCACCAAUGCCCUCGGUAUCCAGUCUCAAGAUGUACUGAAUGGGGCCUUUCUGUCCUUUAAACCCAAGAAUGAGUACAUGGAGCUUUGCAUGCAGGACUUUGUGGAUAAUUACAAUGGCUGGAUUUGGGCACACCAGGGCCCAGAACUCCUAACACGUGUCUUCAAGAAGUGGUGCUCCAUCAGUAAUAUUCAGAGCACUCUGAGCUGUAAAGGUGUGACUGCUCUUCCCCCAGAAGCCUUUUAUCCCAUUCCCUGGCAGGACUGGAAGAAGUUAUUUGAAGCCAUCAGCUCCUCCAUGCUUCUCAAGCUCCUUGAGAACACCUAUGCGGUGCACGUAUGGAAUAAACUGAGCCAUGGGACAAGGUUAGAGGUCACAUCCCAGGCUUUGCUGGCUCAACUGUACUCUCAGUUCUGCCCAGCCACAUAUGCGAAGAUGAAGAAGGACUCUUGA